AGUACGUUAUUUGUACUUGAUGAACGUUAGCAUAAUGUUGAUAGAAAACGUUAUUAGAACAACAUUCUCAGAACGUCCUUAUAACGUUAUUAGUAUUUUCUGAAUGUUAUUAUAAUGUUAUUAUAAAACGUUCUGGGAACAACGUUCUUGGAACAUCCUUAGUACGUUAUUUGUACUUGAUGAACGUUCGCAUAAUGUUGAUAGAAAACGUUAUUAGAACAACAUUCUCAGAACGUCCUUAUAACGUUAUUAGUAUUUUCUGAAUGUUAUCAUAAUGUUAUUAUAAAACGUUUUGGGAACAACGUUCUUGGAACAUCUUUAGGACGUUAUUUGUACUUGAUGAACGUUCGCAUAAUGUUGAUAGAAAACGUUAUUAGAACAACAUUCUCAGAACGUCCUUAUAACGUUAUUAGUAUUUUCUGAAUGCUAUCAUAAUGUUAUUAUAAAACAUUCUGGGAACAACGUUCUUGGAACAUCUUUAGGACGUUAUUUAUACUUGAUGAACGUUCUCAUAAUGUUGAUAGAAAACGUUCUUAGAACAACAUACUCAGAACGUCCAUAUAAUGCUAUUAGUAUUUAUGUUCUCAUAAUAUAUCACGCACGGACAUUUCAGGACUCGCAUUUUGAGCUGAAUCAGACUCUCAAUUCCUGACGCCACUGAAUCGAAUCUUUUUGGAAUCGUUUACUGUCUUGACUCUCGAGUCUGUUCUUUCCCCUCCCCCACUGCCUCACUGCAGCUUUUCUCUUGCGCGUGCAGCAGCAGACAGCGUCCGUUAUUUUCUGAGGCUGAGAAAACGUAAAUGCCUGACGUUGCGAGCCGUUCGUUCCCGCUCCUGCUCCAUUCAAAUCUUGCGCGCGCUGACAGGGUCCGGUAUUUUCAUCAUAAAGAGAUUUACGUUACACAUAGGAUUUACAUCAUAAGAAGGCCGCUGCCUUUCAGUUAUUGCGCGCGCUGACAGCGUCCUGUAUUUUCAGAGAUGCUUCAAAUACAGCACUGAAGGAAGAGCUGCAGCUGACUUGAUUCUUGCGAGGCAGACAAGGACAGAAAAGGCCAGGUAGUAAAUGCUGCUAUUCUUCUCUAAUACUGUUGCUCUUCAAAGAACACGGUCAUCAAUCAGGAUCCUCCAUUCCCAGCUCCAACCAGUCAUCUGAAGGACUGCGGCGAUGGGAACCCUUUGAACCACAAGUGACAGUUUCCACCAGAUGAGAAAAGGACAUGAUGGAGCAUGAAGAGCGCAUGAAGAGACUGGACCUGCUAGUUUGGCAAACCCAACCCCACCCCUCAGACACCCCACACAAACAUUCUUACUGAUUAAGCUUAAUUUAUAUAUGAAUGAGUUUUUUUAAGUGUGCAGUUAUAUAAUUACCUUUUGUAAUUAACAUUGUGUUCUUGGAAUGGCUGUAUCUUGUGUUAAUAAAAAAAUAACGUUGAAAGGAUGGUUCAGGGACAUUAUUCUAACCUUAACAUAACAUUUUAACAUUAAAGAAAGUGGACAUUUUAAUGUUCUUGGAUGUUACAAAUCAACGUUCUUUGAACGUUGUAUUGAUAAUAAAAUUUAGGUGGUGAGAACGUUGCAGGAAUGUUAUGCUAACCUUAAAAUAACGUUUUGCUAACGUUAAAAAAACUGGACAUUUUAACGUUCUUGUAACGUUACAAAUAAACGUUCUUGUAACGUUACAAAUCAACGUUGCAGGAACGUUAUAAAUCAACGUUCUUGGAACGUUACAAAUCAACGUUCUUUGAACGUUGUAUUGGUGGUAAAAUUUAGGUGGAAAGAACGUUGCAGGAACGUUAUGCUAACCUUAAGAUAACGUUCCAGCAACGUUAAGCAAACUGGACAUUUCCACGUUUUUAGAACAUUUCAAAUAACGUUCCCACAACCAAAAGAGAACGUUUGGAAAACGUUCUCAGAACAUAAUUUUGUUUGCUGGGAACUAACGCGCGCCUUAACCUCGUUGAUUCAGCAGCGCCCCUCCACUGUGAAUUAACCAAUGAGGAUGCAGCAUUUGUGACUGAUGGCGCUCUCUUCUAAUGCUGACGUCGGGGCUGCAUCAUCUACAAGGUUCAAGGUUCACAGUGUUUUUGCGCCAACUGAAGCUAAAAAAAAAAACAAAGGUGGCGGUGCAGCAUCUAUAAGCGUUGGAGCUACAUAUAUUUUUAAAAAAAUAGAAUGGCGCAGAAGUGCAACUCACGCUGGAGGAGAAAGGUGAAGAGCCAGCAAAAUACUUGCAAAAGAUACAGAAGAAAGGACACACAAGGACAGGAAAAUAGAGAAGCAACAAACUGGAGGUCAGAUGAUUGCAGCACCGAGCAAGUGACCAGAUCUGCUAAUUUGGAAGAUUCUUCAAACACAAAUGUGUGUAACAUCCAUUACGCCAACCAUUCAUCCCAAUGCUAUGGACACACAAGUGAGAUGCAUCACUCUGGUCUUAAUGUUGAAUCAGAGCCUGAACAGCCUAUUUACAUGGAAACAUUUCCUGAGCACCUACCUGAAUUUGUUGAAGAAGGGACUUUAGAUGACAAUGCGUUAUUUGAUGAAGACUUUUCAAUUGAUGAUGACCUAUCAUUUGAAGACAGUUUUGAGCUUAACCUAGAGGAGGGAACAGAACUCGAAAGCUCUACAAACACUGUAGAUCAUCCACUGUACAGAAAUGCACCAAUUUCUGUUGCAGAGAGUCUUCUCCUCAUAAUGACUUUUGCAAACAGACACAAAAUAACAGGAAAAGCUCUCAGUGAUUUGCUUACAUUAAUAUCUCUGCACUGCCCCUCUGAUACACAGACUGAGUGUCUUAAAAAUUUACACAAAUUUAAACAGUUUUUUGAUGAUCCCUCCUCUCUGCUUUUGCACACAUAUUGUAGCUCAUGCUUCAUGAUUGUUGAGAGUAUAGACACCCAGUGUAAAACCUGUGAAGCCAAUGUGUUGAUGGAGGGGUCAACCUCCUAUUUUAUUGAGGUUCCCAUUGAAGCACAACUGAAGAGAUUGUUUGCUCAGGAAGGUUUUGAAGAAAAACUUAAGUUUAGGUUUAAUAGACAUAAAAAAUGUCAUGACAGUAUUGAAGAAAUAUAUGACGGAAAAACCUAUCAGAAAUUAACUACUUGCAAUGGGCCUCUCAGUGAUUCCAGAAACAUUUCGUUAAUGUGGAACACAGACGGUAUACCUAUUUUUAAGUCUUCAAAGUUUUCUGUUUGGCCUUUUUAUUGUGUCAUAAACGAGUUAAAUUUUGUUGAACGCACAAAACGAGAAAACAUGAUAUUUGCAGGUGUUUGGUUUGGGGAUUCAAAGCCGUCAAUGUUGACAUUCCUUGUCAUGUCCAUGCCUUUCCUUUCCAGAAGACAGAUCCAAAAGGCCCGCCUCAUACUCACAAGGGGUUUGUAGAUUAUGCUAAGAUGGCCUAUGAUUCCAACAGCAUUGUUCGUGGGGUGAAGGGACCUACGUUUCUCAGCAGACUAACAAGCUAUGAUUUGGUCUUGGGCACAGGUAUAGACUACAUGCAUUCUGUACUACUGGGAGUAAUACGUCUAUUGAUGUUUUUGUGGUUUUCCACAGAGUUCUCUCGAUGUGCAUUCAGUAUGGUCAGAUCAAUCAAAGAAGUUGACAAACGUCUGGAAGAAAUAAGGCCACCAUUUAUGAUUCGAUUCCCUCGUUCUGUGUCUUCUCACAGGAUGUUCUUUAAAGCAUCUGAGUAUCGGUCCAUUUUGCAGUUUUUCGGGCCAGUUGUAUUCCGGGGCAUUCUUGCAGGACUACAACCAUUUCCUGCUCCUUAGUGAAGCAAUCUUUAUUCUUCUGAUGGAGUCAAUAACCCCUGCUCAAAUAGAUCAUGCUGAGAAACUACUCUGGAAUUUCUGUUCUCAAAUGAGUGGACUCUAUGGUGAGUGAUACAUGACAGCCAAUUUGCACUUACUUGUCCAUUUAGCUGAUAGUGUAAGAGCUCUUGGACCUCUGUGGACACACUCUUGCUUUCACUUUGAAGACAAAAAUGGGUACUUGCUCCGUCUUAUACAUGGAACCCAGAAUAUACCUGCCCAAAUGGUAAAUGCUGUAAAGACUAUACAAUAUCUCCCUAGCAUCACACAAAACAUAAAGCUGAACAUAGUAACUACUGAGUUUUUGGCCAGAAUGACAAAUAGCAAUAGUUAUCAACCAAGUAAUGUUGUCAAUAUUGUGGCCAUGUUAGGGGCAUCAUUCAAUAGAUGUCUUUAAACUGAUGAUAUUUUUCUUCUGGAACAGUUUCUUGGUAAGGCUUUACAUAGUAUUGUCGUCAAGGCAUAUAACAGAGCUCAAAUAGGGAAAAUAAUUUACACUUCCCAGCAGUAUGUCAAAGCCAAAAGACGAAACAAUUACACAGUGUUAUUUUGUGAUGGUGCGCAGAUCAAAUAUGGACAGAUUAAAUUAUUGUGUUCCUACAAAGAACCCAAUGAAGGUCAGAAUGAGAUAAAACUUGCGUUUUUGAAUGAAUUUGCAGUUGCAAGCGUAAAUCUUCUACAAGAUACUUUGACAGGUGGAACGUGUUUCCAUAUUGUUAGCCUCCUGGCAGUUCCUGUGAGAAAGACAGUGGUAGGACUUGAAAGUAUUUUGGCAAAGUUGAUGUUCAUUGAUUUGUCCUUGAUGCCUGGUAUUGUGUUUGCUGCACAUUUCCCUAACAAACUUGAAAGGGACUAAAGAUAUUAUAAAGUCAAAGAUAUGAUCUUAUUUUGAACAAAAGGGCCCAUGAUUUAACUAGUUGAAAAUCCCUACUGAAAAUGUAAAAUAUGUUGAUGGACAAAUAGUUUAUACUGUGAUGCCAUCUCAACUGUUUUAUAUGGGCAAAUCUAUUGUCAUACAAAAAGGUCACUUUGGGGCUAACAUGAGAAGAUGCAUACAUCUGAAUAUACAACAUUAAAAUUAUUAAUGAUAUGAGUUUUUGGCAGUUAAACUUUGAUACAUCUGAAAUGUUGAAAUUGUAAUUUCUUUGCUCUCAAGUUACCAAUAAAUUACUGUUUUUAAUUUUGCAAUGUGUUUUGUGUGGUUAAUAAAAUUAUUUUACUGAAUUACAUGCAGUGAAAUAUUUCAAAUCAUUUAUAGAAAAUAAUAUAAAAGAAGAGGGUCUUUGCAGCCUAAAAUAAAAGAUUUACAAUUAAUUUAUUCAUACAGUAAUACAUUAUAUUUAAAAAAUCAUGUGGAUUAAGAUAUCAUAUGAAACAACCAAGACAAUGAUCCAAGUCUUAGAAUUCAAUGAGCACUUGUGGAAAUCUCUUCCUUUGCUCUAUCUGAGUUAAACAUGAGAUGCAUGAAUUGAAGCUGGGAUAAGAGUAUAUUGAGUUCAUGGAGAGAACUCUGUCUGAGAUCACAAAGAGACACAGAAGUUGAGAAACUCUGAGCAUUAUAUUAGAGCUUGUUGAGAUCUAUUCUGAAACUUAAAAGGAGACUAAAUUGAGAUUUAGUGCAUCUUAUUGCUCCAGAGAAAAGCCUGAGACACAGGAGAAAUAAACCUUUGUCUCAGUUUGGUGUCAUAUGGAUCUCAAAGUUGUCUAGGAGAAAUAAAUGAAACAUUUUGGAGAUCUCUUUUCAGAUUUUCUUUUCCUCUGGGCCAUCCCGAUCCUGUUCGGAGUUCCAGUCUUGUGCUUCCUGUUCCUGUUCGGUGUCUUCGUGGAUUUCGUUCUACGUCUGGAUUCAGCCGUCUUCAUCACCAGCGCACUGUGUCUCACCAGCUCACUCUGUUUCCACGCUGACCAUCUCAGUCCCUGCACCACCCGUGAUUCUCUGUUCAGUGACUCUCCACAUUCAUAUUAUCAUUA